AUGUUUACACCAUUUUGUUUUACCUCCAAAAUAGACCCACAAAUACGUCUCCAAGAAAUUCGACCUCAGCAGCCCCCGACAGACAGGCUUCUUCAGGGAAGACUUGAAAUAAAAGUUAAUGAUGUGUGGGGAACUGUUUGUGAUGAUUUCUGGAACGAUACCUCGAGUCAUGUUGCUUGUCAUCAGUUGGGGUUCCCUGCCGCUGUACUCUUCCGCACUGCAGGUGAGAGUAAUGCAGGGUCAGGCAGAAUAGUGCUGGAUGACGUCAGGUGUGAUGGGAAUGAACGGUAUCUUACGUUAUGUGAUCAUAAAGAUGAGACCGACUGCAGUCACUUAGAAGACAUUACUUUGGUUUGUUCAGCAGAUCCAGUCGCAGGAAUUAGUGUACCGAAAUGGCAGACAGAACCAAUCACGUGUAACGAUUGGCGUGCUGUUUGUGCUGGUAACUGCUAUUCAGGAUGUGGAUCACCAAGCCUAAUAGAAGCAGUUGGAACAGGCAGAAACAAUUUCAAAGUUACAAUCAUCGCCCUCAACUUAAACCAUCAUCGACAAUUUCAACUUGAUGGUUUCAAUUUGAAUUUAAUGACAAUAUAUGCUCAAAAUGUCAUUAUAGAUAAUGGACUUACUUUGACCUAUGACCUAACUGUUGUCACCCGCCGACUAGAUUUACACAGUGACCACCUUCUAGAUAGAACCCCAGAGACGGAUUGCUAUGGAUUUCAAUCUAUAGUUGUUAACUCAAAUAAAUAUUAUUAUUUUGUUAAAAACUACAAUGGACACACACUUACUGUUUUUGCAGAACUUUUAAGAGUUGAUGCAGAAGAAUGUAUUAAUUUGCAGACAGUUGAUAACAUUGAGUUCCCGGGUUUUACCUCCCGCUUAAUUUCAAUGUCUGUCGCGUGUGUAGAUAUCUUAGCAACAGACUUAACGGACACACAGGUUUGUCUUGAUUCUGUCAUAGUCGACACGGCUCAGUUUGUGUACAGGCAAAGUGCUUUCUCUGCACAUGCUACAAUGGCUCAUGAUGUGGAAACAAAGCUUAACCGACAAAAAUCUAGUUCAAAAUUUGUGCCAACACUUUCCAGUAACACGUACAAAGAUAUUCUGAACACAUAUGAUGUCGAUCUACAAGAAAUUAACGAUGAUAUUGAACGACUUGAAGAAAACGAAGAGAAUUUGAAUAAUAAAAUCGAAUUUUUAGAGUUAAUGGAGCAGAAGGCGAAAGAUGUACAAGUUGCACGGCGAGUAGCCUAUAAUACAGGUGUUUUUGAGUUAGAAGUAUCAAAACUAACAAUGGAUGGUAUUCGGAAAAAAGUAGGCGAACUCCAGAAAGACUUAAAAAAAGUCCAAAAAAAGUUCGAAAACGACGUCAAAAAGUACAAACGUAAACAGGCAGCGAAAUCAAUCUUCGGCUUUUUUAAAGCGAUUGCUACUAUUGUCGUCGGUGUUGUAACGGGAAACCCAGGCCUUAUUGUAGCCGGUGUGGCAAGCACACUGAAUCAAGUAAUUGACUUGGUUAUUCUUAUUGAAACAAUCAAUGGUCUAGAGCAGACUAUUGAUGACGUCAUUGACCACCUGAACGGCCGUUACGAUAUGACAGCUGAACAAUUAGAGUAUUCAAAAGAAAACAUUGUCAAGGUUGCAGAACUACGUUCUAAAAUCACAGAGUGGGAAACUUUGGAAAAUGUUGCUGAAGGCCUGCUAGGAGUUGGAACUGUCACAGAAUUAGCAAGUGCCGGUGAGUAUAGGCGAAUAGUGACUGACGUCGCUACCUACGGAAAGGCAUUGACUGAAGAAGCUGUCAGAAAUGCUGAGCUGCUUCUUGAGAAACUAGAAGAAAAGACAUGGCUGGACGUCAGUGCCAAAGAAGUAGAGCGUCUUGGUAACAUACUGAAAGAUAAAGCGACUCUCCAACAGAACUUUCUUCUCGUGCAAUCCGAAAUCGAGUACCAGAGCUACCUGCUCAAGUAUAAUCUGAUAAACAUUAUGCAUACAUACUGCCAGAGUGUUUUUUAUUACCAGUUCCAUGACUGUUCAACCAGUAUCAAACCAUCUCUCACCGAUUCCUUGUUGUUACUGCGUCAUAAGAUUUCCAGGGCCAAUCGAGAACAUAUAACAAACAUGGAAGACUUCCAAUCUGGUAAGCCACAGACGUUUAACAUCCCAAUCACUCUCGUUGACCAUCCAGACUGUAGACGUGGUUCCAGGCAUACUACUUUGAAAAAUUGUCCAGUGUGGUACUUCAGACAAAACAAGGAGGUGACGGUUAAUUUUAAUUAUAUGAACAGUAAUUUAUCCUUCACAAAUUACGAUCGUGUCAGAGUUAAGAGUGUACGGGUUUACCUGGAUGGUGCAGUAGGAAAACGUGUCAAUAUUAAAGUUUAUACAUCGGGGGUAUUCAUGGAUCGUUUCCAAGGAAACUAUUAUGAUUUCGUCGGCCUGCAGUUUCGACAAGCAUUCGAAUACAAAAAUAAAGACAAAACAAUCACUAUUAAAGGAGUUCUUGAUGACGAUCAACAAACGUAUUUCCAGAUGACCACGCCAUUUACAACUUGGACAAUAUCUGCAACUUCAAGCAGAAACGCAAAUUUAGAUGUAUCGCGCGUGACUUCAAUCAGAAUUGAAAUGACCGGUAGCGCUAUUGGGGCGUAAGGGGAACAGUGAAUCAGAGUAGCAGAUCCAGGGGUUCCGAAAUGGGAACUUCCCCUCCCAGGCAGUGCGCAGCUAAACAAACCAAAUGUUAAAUUAUUUAGAAAAGAGAAUGGCCAAAACUUUAUUGUAAAAAGUCCCGGAACGCACAAAAUAUAAAGGGCGUAGGCCCACCCCACAGCCAUUUGUUAUACGCCCUCGAAACAUGGGGUUCCCGAUUUCCACUCGCCCGAACCCGCUCCCCACCCUCGUCAAAAAAUCAUGGUUCCGCCACUGUUAAUGUUGAAUUUGAAUUAAUAUAUUAUAUAUAAUAUAAUAGGCCUAUAUAUUAAUUCAUUUCAAUACAAUCCCAUAGAUAUCUACAUUACUUUUAUACUACCGUUUUUAUAUCUAUAUGAAUUAAAUAAGCUAUUAUUUUGAUAAUAUCAGCAGAAAAUGUAUAGGCCUACAUGGAAAUAGUCCUGCCAACUUUAAAGAAAAUGUGCAUUGAAUCCAUAAUAGGAACUAUUAGGCCCUAUAUAGCAUUAAAAGCAAUAACAAGUUUUUUAGUUUAACGUAGAUAAUAUAGCGUACCAUUAAGAAUUACCGAAAGUAAAAUCAUUUGGGUUAUUCUCUUAAGUUCGUGCUUAUUCUUCCAGUUGUUCUUUCUAAUCACCACUUAUCCUUAUAAGUCAAUACUUUAACAGUAGGCUUGAAGUGUGCGCUUGACAUAUUUUUUGGCUACUUUUAACUCAUCCACGCUUUCUGUGUUGGCAGUUCACUGAAUACUACAAUUGUUGACAUUUUAGUGAACUUUCUAUCAGCUUUCUGUGUUGGCAAUUCGCUUGAAUAACUUAACUUGGACAGGACUUAGAGCAUGGCAUCAUAUUUCGUAAACUUACUUUUAUAAUAAUAAUAAUAAUUAUUAUUAUUAUUAUUACUAUUAUUAUUAUUAUUAUUAUUAUUGUUAUUAUUAUUAUUGUUAUUAUUAUUAUUAUUAUUAUUAUUAUUAGUAUUAGUAUUAUUAUUAAAAAUGAUAGAAAAACUUCUGUGUUUGCAAUUUACUUGAUUAACUUAACUAGGACAGGACUUAAAGCAUGACAUCAUAUUUCGUAAACUUACUUUUAAAAUAAUAAUUAUUAUUAUUAUUAUUAUUAUUGUUAAUAUUAUUAUUAUUAUUAUUAUUAUUAUUAUUAUUAAUAAUAAUAGAAAAACUUCCAGUCACUGGAAGUGUUUUAUUAUUUUUAUCAUCAUUAUCCAGUAUAAAAAUUGAAUCCGCCACUGUGUACACUCAUAAAUUUGAAAAGGUUAAAACAAUGAUGAAUUUCCGACUUGUGUACAGUCGACUUGGGAGAGACUGACUGGGUAAACAAUGAUUAAAAAUAGAGCUUGUACGUCUCCUCCCCAAAGCAGCAACUCAUCAUUUUAAACAUUUUAUUUAUUAACUGGUACGUCGUUUUAACGUGAAGUACAUUCCUAUUCAAUUUUAACGACCUCAAUCCUUUAAGAGAUUGGAAACAGUGUAACCAUGGGAGUAGAUUCUAGGUUUUAGGUCGACAAUGAAUGUCUAGCUUUCGUCUUCGUAGCUACGCCUUUGUGUACCUCUUGAACUGAGUCCUUUGUUCAAAAGUAUUUUCAACUAUGUUUCCAAAUGUGCUCUGCCAAAGUCUGUUCUUUUUAUAAGUCAGACGCAGUCUUCCGACCCUAAGAAAUGUUUUUUUGUUUUUUUUUAGUUUGAGGAGCAGGGGUCUAAACGGUGUAUGAAGCUUGCUGAGAUAGUUAGAGAUUGCGGGUUCGAUUCCCACCAGAUACUUUCCUUUUUUCGUACAACUAUAAUAAGAAACUUUCGUUGAUUAAAGAUCAUGUUUCUAUAUUAUUUGA